AUGUCGGCAGAGUCCAAUUCAUUCAUCGUCGAUGUCUCACCUUCAAUGGUACACGAGGGACAUCUCUCUAAAGUAUUAGCUUACCUGGAGUAUACACUUUUGGAUAAAUGCAAAAGGCGCCGCAAGACAGAUUGGGUUACCAUUUAUAUGGCUAAUUGUGCACAUACAAAUAACAGUCAAUCCAUUCCGAAUGUUUGUCAGGUACAACAAUUCCUUGCACCUGUUACAUCCUCUGAGACAAUUGAAAGUUUAAGAAUACUUCGAAACUACAGUAAGAACGUUGAGGAUAACACACUUCCAAAGAACGAAAAUGGGGAGGCAGACCUCGAGCAAUUUCAGUCCAUGGUUCAAUGUCUUCUAGUGGCUUCUUUGGAUAUCAGAGAAGAGUUCAAAAGCCGCAAGAUUCUGCGACAGAUUAUCAUUUUUACCGCCGACAUCGAUGGUCUUGAUUUAGACGAGGAAGAGAUUGAAAUUCUCAAGGAGGAGCUCAAUUCGAGGCUUAUACUGAUUGAUUGUAGAACGAAAUUAAAAUCUGACCCCAAUGACGAAGACUUUCAGAAAAGUAAGUGGGGCCAACUUUUAAAGGCGAUUCCAGGAUCCAUGAUUUUCAAUAUAUACGAUCUUUUACUGGAAACUACUUUACCAAAGCCCAAUAUGGUGAAGCCAGUGAGAGUCUUUUCCGGUGAGCUUAGGUUGGGUGCAGAUAUUGGCACCUUGGGACGAGUUGACGAUGAAAAGUCUGUUUCCUCGCCGGAUGAUAAAAAUUGCUUAUGUAUCAAAGUCGAAGGCUAUCCUGCUACUAAGCCAGUUUCGUCAUUAAACAGAAAGCUUGUGCUCAAAGAUGACACUGCACAGUACGAAAUGGUGAAAACAGUGAUAGAAUAUGAGGUAUACGACCAAAAAGCCGAUAAAAGGGUUAGCGUGGCACCUGAAUCGAUAGCCAAGGCAUAUCGGUACGGGUCAGAUUACGUUGUUUUACCAUCAACAUUAGAUGAGCAGAGGUUUUAUCGAACAACGCCUGGUAUUGAUAUCAGAGGGUUUCUAGAACGUAAACGACUACCGAGAUACUUUUUAAACUCCGAAUCUCGGUUUAUCCUUGCAGAUACACGAUCUGGUUCUGUCGCAGAUAUUGUGAGCUUUAACGUUCUUGUAGACUCGCUAUCAGAGCAAGACAAGUUAAUUGUAGCUCGGUUCGUCGCUAAACCUAAUGCCGAAGUGCAAAUGUGCAUGAUGUGUCCGAUGUUAGUCAAUGAUGAACAUGGUGAUAAGAUCAGGACACUGAUCUUGAACAGAUUGCCUUUUGCGGAAGAUGAAAGAGUCGCUAGUUUUCCAAGACUAACUGUUAGAACUACGACGUCCGGGAAAGAACUGAAAGACGAACAGGAAGGGGAAAAAUCCAGGAUAGAUACACUCAUGUCGGACUACAUCGAUUCCCUAGAUAUGGACUCAUCGGCGAACGACGAAAAAGACAAUGCUACCAGUUACUACUUGCCACUAGGCCAAAAUGUUAAGGAUACAACAUUACCGCUCCCCGAGGAUGAUGAUGAGAAGAAACGUUUACAAGGAAGCAGUCCUCAGAGGGUGCCUGCGAUUCAUUUACACAGACAGAAGCAGGUACUUCUCGAAUGGGUUCAUCAAAAACUAAUUAGUGGAUCUGAGACGUUCCAAAUACCGGAGGUGCCAGACGUCUUGAGAGAGAAAAUAUCACCACAUUUCAAUGAUAUGCGUGAUGACAAAAAACUGAUAGAGCUUGUGAAACUUCUCAAUAUCAAGGAGAAUGAAAAGAGGUCUGCAGCGACUGAUGAGCAUUUCGACGAAGAUGAGGACGAAGAAGCCAACAUACCCUCUCUGGAGUCUAUCUUGGCUCGAGGUGAGAGGUAA